ACACCACACCCAUGGCCUGCAACAACAUCUGCCGUCCCUGCGGACCCACCCCGCUGGCCAACAGCUGCAACGAGCCCUGUGCCCUGCAAUGCCAGGAUUCCCGUGUUGUUAUCCAGCCUUCCCCUGUGCUGGUCACCCUGCCAGGACCCAUCAUGACCUCCUUCCCCCAGAACACCGCUGUUGGAUCCACCUCCUCGGCUGCCGUGGGCACUGAACUCAGUGUGCAGGGACAGCCCAUCUCUGGUGGAUUUGGUGGAUUUGGUGGCUUUGGCUACGGCCUUGGCUAUGGCCGUGGAUUUGGCUACGGGCUGGGCUGUGGCUAUGGGCUGGGAGGCCUGGGCUGCUAUGGCAGAAGGGGUGGCUACAUCUGCUAAGGGCCCUUGGCAGCAACCCUGACACCAACCCUCAGCUCCCUGGAACACAUCUCAGGCAUUGAGGACUCCUCUCUGGUCCAAGGCUCUCAGAUGGACUCAGCGCUUCCAGCUCCUGCUCUCAGGGCACCAAGCAAGGCAGCAGACAGGGGUCAAGCCCAGGCUGCCCUGCAAUCAUGGCCCAUCUGCCUCCUGCUCUUCUCCCACUCCGUGUUCUGCAUGGAUUCUUUGGUUCUGUCCAGCUCCCUCUGGACAAACACGUUCUCCCAAGCCGGAGAUCUUCGGGCAGCUCUGCUGGGCUGCUCCCAUUGCAGGGCAGGAAGUUCUUGAUGCUCUGGCCAAAGCUUCUCAAUGGUUGGACUUUGGCUGAUGGUCACCCUGAUCACAACCCGGACCAACUCCCUUCUGCUGCUCCUGAGUUUUCACUCUUCUACCUCAAUAAAGUUUUCUUGCAUCACAACCUCAGAUGACUCCUCCUUUUUUUCUCCGAAGCUUCUUAUAGUCUCGCCCAGCACUAAGCCAGGGUUGUAGAGGCCAGUGGGGUGGGUGAAAAAGUGUACCAAGACCACUCUUAGGUGUUAUUUCUGGAGUUCCUCUACUCACUGCCACACUUUGCUCUUCCAGUGCAUUAUUGGACAAGCCCUUCAGCUAUUGAAACACAAAGCUGGAUACACUAAUGCAGGUCUGUCCUUGCCUCUGGAACAAACCCCUCCUGGGUGGUGUGUUUAAUUUUUCUGGAGACAUGUUGGUUGGUGCUGCCUGUCAUCGUCUUCCAGGACUAUCUCCAGCUCUGGUUGGGCAGGUCCGUGUCUUCCUUGUUUUCAGGUCCCAGAGCUGAACACACAUCCCCAGUCUCACCAGGGUGGAACAGAGGAGAAGGAUCCCCCCUCGCCUGCUGCUGGAGAUAAGCCCAGGACACAGGGGGUUUCUGUUUGGUGUUUGUUAACAUGGCAGGGCAUGUCCAACACUUCAUCCAUCACCACCCCAUCCUCCUUGGGCUCAAUCCCCUCAUCACCCAGCCUUUAUCCUGCAUGUUUGGGAUUUCUGCAAUCCAGGUGCAGUAGAUUCUGCCUCUCUGAUCUGCUCUGAUGAUAUUGGAGAACUCUGUUAAUCUCUGGGUUACUGGGAGUAAGGAAGACAGGAUUGGUGGAGGAUAUCCAGAGCAUGGUCUCAAGGAUGGAGGGUGAAGGUUUGGGACAGGCAUUGUCCGUGACAUUGGGGCAUUUUUCAGGCUAGCUGCUCUUGCCUGGCACAGCCUGGUGAGUCAUGAGGUUGGGAACAUUUUUCUUCCCACAGCUCUGCAAUUCCAUAUCCUGCUCUUCAGGCUGUGCCCAUUUUACCUUGGCAGCAGCUCUGACGAGUUAGUAUUCAUUCCAGCAUUGGUGGACGAGGAAAGAGGUGCCAGUAUCCUGUACCUGGUCUUCUGCAGGUCCUUUGUUCCUGUACCAGACAGCAUCCUCGUCUCUGACCUGGAGAGAUGUGGAUAUUGGUUGGACUAUUUGGUGGCUAAGGAGUGGAUGGGAUGGUCUCACUCAAAGAGUUGUGGUCAAUGGCUCCAUGUCCCUGUGUAGAGAGCGGGGAUGAGUGGUGGCCAUUCAAGACUCAUGUUGGGAUUAUUAUAAUUUUGCAUCAUUGUCAGAAAUCUGGGUACUGGGAUUUAGUGGGAUGAUCAGCAAAACCAGGGACCAUUCCAAGCUGAGUAGUGUGGUUGGUUAUCUGUAGGGAAGUGAUGGCACUCAGAGGGGCUGGAACAGGUUGGGGAUGUUGGAUAUUGUCAUUCUCAUGAAGCCGAUGAAGGCCAAGUGCAAGGUCCUGAAUCUGGUUUAGAGCAAUGGCAAACACGGCUGUAGAUUGGACGAUAAGUGGAUUGAGAGCAGCCCAGAGGAGAAAGACUUGGGGUGUUGGUGUAUGAAGAAGCAGACAUGCCCCACCACAUGAAUGAGCUGACCAGAAAAAACCCGCGUCCUGGGGGCAUGCCCAUGGCACGGGCAGAAAGUGAUGGGGGCAUGCCCAUGGCACGGGCAGAAAGUGAUGGGGGCGAUUCUGCCCCUCUGCUCUGGUCAGGGUAGACUGGAGUUGUGUGUUCAAUUCUGGGACCUGAAAAUAAGGGAGACACGAAGAAGCUCAAGUGAAUCUGUAAAUGGGCCUGGAAGAUUAUGAGGGUCUGGAGCAACUGAAGCCCAGACAAAAUGAAGACACUGCCCAUGAGUUGCUUGUACCAUAAUCAAGGAUAGACAUGCAUUAAUGUAUCCAGACCUGUGAUUAAACAACAGAAGUUCUUCUCUGUGAUGCAAACAAAGUGUGCCAGUCUUUCCUAGGGAGUAGUGGAACUCCAGAACGAAGUCCAAGAGAGGUGUUGGUGCAAUUUGCACCCUCCACAAAUGGCUUGAGAACACAUGGAUUUGUGCCAAGUGUGGUUGGCAAACCUUUGUCAGAAAGAAGUUGAAGGAGACAUCUCAGGUUGCAAGGCAAAAGAAUUUUAUUGAGGCAAAAGAACAGUGAGAGGUCAUGAACAGCCACCAGAAGGGAACUGGCCUGAGGUGCAAGUAGGACAACCAUCAGCCAAGGUCCCUUGAUUGCAGUAGGUUUUUCCAGAGCACCAAGAACUUCCUGCCCCACAGUGAGAGCAGCUCACUGGAGUGCCCAAUGGUCCCUGGCUUGGGAGAAG